UCUCUCUCUAUAUCUCACACACACAUAUAUAUAUACACACAUAAUAAUAUAAUAUAAUAUAUAUACAUAUAUGAAUAAAUAGAAUAUAAAAAAUGUCUACACACGACUCCGCACUACCAAAUCCAAAACCCUAAACAACAAUAACUCCGAUUGCGAUCGGAGACAGUUGAAAUCGAUGAUCGGCAUUUUCGAUCGCCGCUUUCAUCUCAUGACCUAAUAAUAAUAAUAAUUUUAUUAUUAAUUUAAUAAAAGAUAUAUUUUUCACAUAUAUUUGAAAUUGAGAGAGGGAGAGAGAUGUAUAAGAACCAGCUGCAGGAGUUGGCGCAAAGAAGCUGUUUCAAUCUGCCAUCAUAUAUAAGUAUAAGAGAAGGUCCGGAUCACGCGCCGCGCUUCAAAGCUACCGUUAAUUUCAACGGCGAGACUUAUGAGAGCCCUAAUUACUGUACUACUUUAAGGCAGGCUGAGCAUUCUGCUGCUGAGGUUGCUUUAAAUGCCCUUGCUAGCCGUGGUCCUUCCAAUUCCCUUGCUGCUCGCAUUUUGGAUGAGACAGGUGUGUACAAGAACCUAUUGCAGGAGGUUUCUCAAAGAGUAGGGGCAUCUUUACCAACAUAUACAACUUUUAGGUCAGGCCUUGGGCAUAUGCCUAUUUUCACCGGCACUGUUGAGUUGGCUGGCUGUACAUUUACGGGGGAACCAGCAAAGAAUAAGAAGCAAGCUGAAAAGAAUGCAGCCAUGUCAGCUUGGUUAUCUUUGAAACUUUUGACCCAGGAAACAGAAAGCUCAACAUUGCAAAAAGAGAUCAUCGAGGAGCAGGAGCACGUAACUGUAGCUCGUGCUUUACAAAAAUUUAGGUUAAAGGCAAGAAUGUCAAAUAUACCAUUUCCUAUCCAGUUUCCACCUCCAAACCCAAAGCCAAAUACUGCACAAACACCUCUGUCAACAACAUCAAAAAUGCUUCCAUUAAUAUGCCUAAAAACAACCCCCCGAAGCAGGCCACAUCUCACCACAUUGUUAGAUAACGACGGAACUUCCAGCAGAAAACCUGAAAGCAGCAUACCCUCGAAAUUACCUUCACAAAACCAAUUCAAAAUCACCAAUACAACUGAAUCGCAUGAUAAGCCUACCACAACCCGACCACACAAGUUCCCUGCGGUUGGAGCUGCACCAUAUAUCCCUGUUGGCCACUUCAGGGCUCAUCACGGGAUGGCCCCGCCAGUCACCAUACGCAAUGCGAUUCCUGUUUUUGCUGCUCCACCACUUCCGAUUCCUCAUAUGGGAAUAGCACAGCCUAAUCAGCUUCCACCUCAGUUCAGGGCGAUGCCACCAACCAUGUGCGGUUUGGCACCGCCCGUCACCAUAAGACAAGCAGUGCCAGUUUAUUCUGCUCCCACUCCCAACUUCCCUAAACCACAUAUCAAGCCAUCUGCCAGCCCAAAGCCACCAAUGGAAGAAAAGGGGCAUCCCACCUCCACUGCCCAAGAUUCUAAGUCUCAUAUCAAGGCUGAAGCAGUUUCCUCCAGUGCUGUUGGCGUUUUGUCAAUACCAAAGGAAGAGGAGGGAAAAUUUUAAGAACCCAAAUUGGAAGAAAAUUAUAAAGAGUUACAAGUUUGACAUCAGGUGAGAAAUUAUCCAAAAGAAGCAAUGUAUUCUGCAAAAUCUACAAAUAUAGUUAUUGGAUCUUCGGCUACUUUCUCUAUAUAAAUAUGUUCAUGGUGGGAAGAGACGAGACAGAGAGCUUGUUGUAGUCGGCCUCUUGUAGCGUCGUGUUUUUUUUUUGGCUGGAGUUUAAUCUUAGUAGGCUGGGUUGUUUGCACAAGGGAAGAUGGAAUUUGUAUGGAUUUUGAAACAUGUGCAUUGUGGUUCUAUAAAGGGGGGCGUUGUGAUAUGGGUUGUAGGUAGAAUCCUGGAAAAAGAAUGUUGUAAGAUUUCACAAUUUGGUAUGGCACUUGGGUUAGUCAUCAAUGUGUCUUUGACUUGCGUUUAAAAGGUACAAAGCUAAGUUAUUAUCAUUUAUCCGUCAA